AUCACAUUCCUUGAGUUACUGGUCAUUGCCUCUCUUCCUACUCUUUUCUUUCUUUCAGACAGAAGGAGCGAGCAACAGAGUGAUGGCUCAGGUUGAGUUUUUAGGUCUCUCUUUAUUGUUUAUCUUCUUCUCUGGCCUGUAAUGCAACAAGAUCUGAACCUGAUCUUCUUCUUAGAAGAAGAUGGCGAAACAUUAUCUUCACUCAAAUGCACUGCAAGACCCACAAUAUCAACCAACCUCGACAUUUCUUAACGAUGUUCUCUACUGCUCGGAGGAGAAUUGGGAGGAAGAAAUUUCAGAGGACUAUUUUCAAGAGGAAGAAAAUGAUAGGGAUAGCUAUUGCUGUAGUAACAAUAAGAAACAAGACUGUUCUGUGGUCCUUUUAGAACAAGACUUGUACUGGGAAGACGAGGAGCUUUCCUCUUUGUUUUCCAAGCAAGAGCAAAACCAACUAUACAGUAAACUAGAAAACAACCCAUCUCUAGCUGAGACUCGCCGUGAGGCCGUCAACUGGAUGCUCAACGUCAAUGCACAAUACUCUUUCACUGCUCUAACUGCAGUGUUGGCCGUUAACUAUCUAGAUAGGUUCCUGUGUAGCUUCCACUUUCAGUCAGAGAAGCCAUGGAUGACCCAACUCGCUGCCGUGGCUUGUCUUUCCCUUGCCGCCAAGGUGGAAGAGACCAAGGUGCCUCUUUUAUUGGACCUUCAGGUGGAGGACAGUAGGUAUGUGUUUGAGGCCAAAACCAUACAGAGAAUGGAGAUUUUGGUGCUCUCUACUCUUCAAUGGAGAAUGAAUCCUAUAACUCCAUUAUCAUUUCUUGAUUUCAUGACAAGAAGACUUGGAUUAAAGGACUAUCUUCGUUCUGAAUUUGUCCGGAGAUGUGAACGCAUAGUUCUGUCUAUCAUCACAGAUUCUAGUUGUAUGCCUUAUCUCCCUUCUGUAAUUGCUACUGCUACAAUGCUGCACGUAAUUAAUGGUGUAGAGCCCUGUCUUGGAGCUGAAUACGAAAGCCAGUUACUGGGUAUUCUUGGAAUAGACAAGGACAAGGUGGAUGAUUGCAGUCAGCUCAUAAUGGAAAUUGCAUCAAGAGACCCUGGCAGCCAAUCAAACAAACGCAAGUUUAGUUCCAUUCCAGGCAGCCCAAACGGCGUAAUGGAUGUGUCGUUUAGCUCAGAUAGUUCAAACGAUUCAUGGGCAGUGGCACCAUCAGUGUCUUCUUCACCAGAGCCUCUGUCCAAGAAGAGCAGGGCACUGCAGAGUUUAAACCAUGCAACUGCAGAUUCGCUGAGCAUUCCUCGCUAAUUCUAAUCAUAAUUUCUCUCUUUUUCCUCCCUUUUAUGGACUAGCUUUGUACGGUUAAUAAUUUUAUGUUCCUUCUCAUCAUGUGGCAAGUUAAAUUGCCUUCCAUCUCUGCUUCACUCCACUCCCAUAUUCAAAUUCGCAGAACCUGAACCACUCUUUUGAGUAAUGGGAACUGGACGCAGAGAUAGUUGGCAGUUUAUCCGGAAGUAAAGACCAUAAAAAUUUCAAAAAAAACAAAGCGAAGGAGAGUCCUCUUGCAGUUA